CGCCGUAGUAGGAUUGGUCAUUCCGUUUUCCGUUCCUAUUAAUCGCGUGGCAGCGCGCCCAAAAUAAGAGUGACGUACUGAGUGCAUCGGCAUUGAGCUCUGAGCCGAGCCGAGUAACUGUCAAAUCAUAUUUCUCAGGAUUAUAUCCACUGAAAACUCAACCACAUUAAUCAAAAUGAGACAUUAAAGCCAUCAACCCCAGGUUUCCAUGGCCACAGAGGAGAACAAGCUUCCUGGGUUCUCGCGACAGAACUCUGAGCCCAUGAGGUCAUGGGAGCUGGAAUCCGUUCUGACCAAUCGUACUCUGCGCUUUGUGUUGAGGUUAGAGCAGCAGUUUGUUUGCCCGUCCUGCGGUGGGAUCGUCCUGAACCCUCACCAGACAGGCUGUGGGCACAUUUUCUGUGCUCAGUGCGUAAAGGCAUACAUUGAAAAUGGAGGAAGUUCGAAAUGUCCUUUAGACAACGUUCCUAUAAAACCUGAGGAGGUUUUUCAAGACAACUGCUGUAAAAGGGAACUGCUAAACUUAGAGGUCUACUGCACCAACGCCCCAGACUGUAAGCAGAGGGCUACUUUAUGUAACCUCCAGGAUCAUCUGAAAGUUUGCCAGUAUGAGCGUAUUAGAUGUUCCAACUCAGGGUGCAACGACACUGUGUUACGCAAAAACCUAAUGGACCAUCAAAGGAAUGUCUGUUCCUUCCGCCUGGAAUCCUGCCAGCACUGCAAGCAGUCUUUUCCCGUAUCUCAAUUGCUGGCCCAUCAGAAGACUUCAUGCCCGGAAGUUGAAGUCCCCUGUUCCAACAAGUGUCUGCAGAUGAUCAAAAGACACAAGCUGCAAGCACAUGCUGAUGAGUGUCCUGAAGUGGAGACGGACUGCAUUUAUAAAAACUAUGGCUGCACAGUCAGAGAUAAAAGAGGAAAAGUGCAAGUUCAUGAAAACACAGAGUUCAGUUCCCAUGUUCGGCUUGUCCUGGAAAGUAACACCAAACUUGAAAAACAGGUGGAGCAGUUGCAGCAGGAUAUGCUUGUCCAACAGGGGGAGCUGAAGGACAAAAGUCUUGUGGUCAGCAGUCUGGACAGAGAUGUCACCUUGUGUGACAACACACUUACUACCUUACAGAGGUCUGUGGAGGAGCAGAGAGUUCGGAUCUGCAGUGUGCAGCGUGAACUGCGGGAUUUGCGGGGCGUUCUAGGGUCUGAAUUAAGCGAAGAGCUCCCGAGCCUUCGGGCAUCACUGGACUCCCUCAGACAGCAGGUGGCUGUCACAGAAAGCCUCAGGGAACAUCUGGCACCUACCGAGCACCCAAAGGAGUCGAAAUACAGGCCUGUGCUGGAGAGUUUACUCCCCCGUGACCCUAUGAGCAGGUUCAAUCUGAAGAGAAGUUCCCCUAAAGAUGAGUUCCCAAACCUGGACAGAAACCGCACCCUCAUGGGCCGCAUCCUCGACCUGCACAUGUACACGCGACAGUUCAACCGGGCAACUGAAAGCGGGGUCCUUUUUGAUGAUAUCGUACGCCCUGGACUUGAGGAUCCGGGGCAGUCCAUAGGACCAAAAGCAGUUGGCUGUUUAGCAGGAGAUGCUCAAUCAUAUAUCCUGUUCUGUGACUUUUUUGACCGUAUUAUCGAGUCUUACCACGGCUACAAGGUCACCAGUGAUGCAGUACAAGAGAGCGACUUUAAUUAUGACAACCUGAAGGGUGGGGAUGACUUUGACCAAGAAUAUGCAUUGAGUUGUGAGGUGACUGCAUGCCGCAGCAUAGAGGAUUACUGCUUCCCUACACACUGCAGCAGAGGGGAGCGCAGACAGCUCCUCACACUGGCCAAAACAGCUUUGGAGCAGUUGGCUGAGGAUCUGCCAGGAAAGCUUUACUCCAUAGAUGAACUCAGCCAUGAGAGUGAAGGCCGCAGGGUUGUGAUGGACUCUCCACCAUCUUCUUUGAUAAAGAUCGGUGUGGCUCGUGACUGGCCUGAUGCGAGGGCCCUGUGGUUGAGUAUGGACGGGACCCUGGCUGUCUGGGUUAACAUGGAGGACCAUUUGAAACUGGUGUCUUAUAGAAGUGAUGCUUGCUUACAAGAAGCAUUUAAGACUAUCUGCAUCAAUGUGCUGAAGAUGGAGACAGCAUAUAAGAAACUGAGACAUCCAUUUAUCUGGAAGCCUCACCUGGGCUGGGUGGUCAGCUCACCUGCAGAGAUAGGCACAGGCCUGAAGGCAAGUGUCACAGUGAAGCUGCUACAUCUCGCUGAGAACAAACGCAUGGAUGACAUCCUGGACAGACUACGACUUGAGAUGGAAGAAACAAGCUGUCCAGGCAUCUACAAAAUCAGCAACCUGCAGACAAUUGGAUUGAAUGAAGUCGGGCUGACCCAGUUAGUGGUGGAUGGGGUCAAACUUCUCAUCCGAAUGGAGAAAAGACUGGAAAACAACAGUGGCAUUGAUGACCUGGUACCUGCUCAGAAGUAAAGCAGCCAUCAGGAGGCUUUUUGUUUUAGGAGAACUGAAGUACCAUCGCUCUGGAGUUCUCAUCGACAUUAUGAUAAAAAAGGGAGUUUGCUACACUUUUUGAUUUGUUUGUAAAAUAUUUUUGAAGCUAGUGGUUUAUUCGCAUAUGGCUUCUAUCAUCAUUAGAGUGAAUCUCACGAAGGAACACCCUGGUAAUAUUACAUCCUAUUCUACAUAAAGAAAAUGAAGCCUAUUUUAGGUCCACUAUAUGAACUUUUCACUAAGCCAUCACACCCACACACAUGUUUUCAUGUAAAAAGUAAUUGAUUUUGUCUUUCUUUUGGUUUUGGCCUGCCUGAAAUACGAGAAGAGCAUUUCUUUGAAAUGUUAAUGAAAUCCGCCCUACACAUAGCAUUUUGUUGCAUUUGCGCUAACGGACUCAUUUCACAGUCAGGAAUAUUUACUAUAUCCUAAACAUAGAUGAUCAUGUGCAAAACAAGAACAGAAUGUUCAUAUUUCCUUUAGGAAAACCACAAUUACUUGAUGUAAUUAUUGCAGUGAGGAUUGUGGAAAAAAAGGACACAAAAACAUUUUAGUUCAAAGACUCAUUUCAAGUAAGCUUUAAUGUGCUCCAGUGGGACUGAAGUUGAACCACAGUGGCCCAAGGGAUUUUCCGCAGAAAUGUACAGUACAAUGUCGAGAGAAUAAAUGGGAAGAGUGUGUGGAAGGAUGAAAUGUGUUGAGUUAAUUGCAUUUUUUUGGAGAUCCUCAGCCUUCAGCUUCCUUUCCCAUCCAAACACUUUCAUCCGUACAGCCAUUUAAAAAAAGAAAAAAAGAAA